AUGGGGCUGCAGCCCCUGGAGUUCAGCGACUGCUACCUGGACAGCCCCUGGUUCAGGGAGCGGGUGAGAGCCCACGAGGCCGAGCUGGAGAAGACCAAUAAGUUUAUCAAGGAGUUGCUCAAGGAUGGGAAAAACCUGAUCGCCGCUACCAAAAACCUUUCAGCAGCCCAGAGAAAAUUUGCCCAUUCUCUGAGAGACUUUAAAUUUGAAUUCAUUGGUGAUGCAGAGACAGAUGAUGAAAGAUACAUAGAUGCGUCACUUCAUGAGUUUUCAAACUUCUUAAAAAAUUUGGAAGAACAAAGAGAAAUUUUGGCACUCAGUGUUACUGAAACUCUGAUCAAACCUUUGGAAAGAUUUAGGAAAGAGCAGCUAGGAGCUGUAAAGGAGGAAAAGAAGAAGUUUGAUAAAGAGACAGAGAAGAACUACAGUUUGUUAGAAAAGCAUUUGAAUUUAUCAGCUAAGAAGAAAGAGCUACAAUUACAAGAGGCAGAUAACCAAGUGGAACAGAACAGAAAACACUUCUAUGAGCUGUCCCUCGAGUAUGUAUGCAAGUUGCAAGAGAUACAGGAGAGGAAGAAAUUUGAGUGUGUGGAACCUGUGCUAUCAUUUUUUCAGGGUUUGUUCACUUUCUAUCAUCAGGGAUAUGAACUUGCUAAAGACUUCAAUCAUUACAAAAUGGCCCUGCAGAUAAAUAUACAAAAUACACGAAAUCGUUUUGAAGGAACAAGGUCAGAGGUAGAGGAGCUCAUGAACAAGAUCAGAAGAAAUCCUCAGGAGCAUAAAAGAGCAAAUCAUUUCACGAUGGAAGGCUAUCUCUAUGUACAGGAAAAAAGGCCUGCUCCCUUUGGUUCCAGUUGGGUGAAGCACUAUUGCACGUACAGGAAGGAGACAAAGAAGUUCACCAUGAUCCCAUUUGAACACAGAUCAGGAGGGAAAAUUGGUGAUGAGGAACUCUUCGUCCUUACGUAUUGUACCAAAAGAAAUAUAGAUACUAUAGACAGGCGAUUCUGCUUUGACUUAGAAGCUUCAGACAGGCCUGGAGUUCCUGUGACCAUGCAGGCAUUUUCUGAGGAGGACAGGAAGCUGUGGAUGGAAGCCUUGGAUGGAAAAGAAGCUCUGUUCACUAAUUUGAAUAGAGCAAAUGCAAAACGAGAGGGAAGUGCACAGUUGGAUAAGAUAGGGUUCACCGUCAUCAAAAAGUGCAUCAGUGCUGUUGAAACACGAGGUAUAAAUGACCAAGGAUUGUACAGAGUUGUGGGGGUGAGUUCAAAGGUCCAGAGACUUCUGAGUUUGUUGAUGGAUGCUAAAACCUGCAAUGAAGUGGACCUGGAAAACUCUGUGGAUUGGGAAGUGAAGACAAUUACUAGUGCUAUGAAGCAAUAUCUGCGAAGCCUUCCGGAGCCGCUGAUGACGUACGAGUUACAUGGAGAAUUCAUCGUUCCUGCUAAAAGUGGGAGUCCUGAAUCUCGAGUUAAUGCUGUUCACUUCUUGGUCCAUAAACUCCCAGAAAAGAACAAAGAGAUGCUGGAAAUUUUGGUGAAACAUUUAGCGAAUGUUUCAAAGCAUGCCAAAAGGAAUCUAAUGACUGUGGCAAAUCUAGGGGUAGUAUUUGGACCAACCUUAAUGAGGCCACAGGAGGAAACUGUAGCAGCCAUUAUGGACCUGAAGUUUCAGAAUAUUGUCGUCGAAAUCCUGAUAGAAAAUCACGAGAAGAUUUUCAAAACCCUGCCUGAUGCCACUUUCCCUGAGCCAAUGUCUAUGUCAGUAUCUCCUCCAAAUGCCCCACCAAGGCAAUCAAGAAGACAAGGACAACGUAUUAAGAGACCUCUGGCUGUUUACAAUCUCUGCCUUGAGCUGGAUGAUGGUGACAGUCACAGCUCUCCCAAGGAAGACACCCCAACUGGGAGCAUGGAUUCUCUUUCUUCCCAGUCUCCAACACCUGCCUUCUCUAGCAGCCCCCCCGGGCUCCUGGAUGGAAAUCACAUUAUGGACAGCGGAGAUCUUGCAGGCUGGACAACAAAUCUUCCUGGUCAAAGUCGCCCGUCAAUGGUCUCAUGGAUGAAUGCUCCAUCUGCUAACCCAGCUGCCACAAGUACCGCAUCAUCCACUUUCUUCUUCCCUAACCCUGCCUCUGGGAGUGACGGAGCUGUGGAAAGUGUUGCCCACCGAAAAGCAAGAGCAGUUUAUCCAUGCGAAGCGGAACAUAGCUCUGAAUUAUCAUUUCAGAUAGGAGCAAUUUUUGAAGAUGUGCAAUUUUCCCGAGAGCCAGGAUGGCUAGAAGGCACGCUAAACGGCAAGAGAGGACUCAUUCCACAAAAUUACGUUCAGUUUCUAUAG